GCCGCCGCCCCCGGCCGCGGGGGGCGGGCCGCCCGCGGGCGGGCCGCCCGGUGCAGCACCGGGCGUCGCCUCCGAGGGCCCCACGGCGGACGCACCCCCGGGCGCGGACCACAGCGAGAACCAGCGCUGCUUCCCGCCGUCGGGUGGGGCGCUGCCCUCGACGCUGUGGUGCUACUCCCUCAUGAUCCCCACCGACUACUACGAGUUGUCGCUGAUAAAGUGGCAGCACGAGCGACAGGUCAGCAUUUUCGCGUGCGACGGCUACGCAGUGUACAGCAGCGAUGAGACCGAAAUCUCGGACGACCUCGUGACGGCCAAGGUCGACAGCGACUUGAAGUGCGAGAAGGGUGGGGAGUUCGGCACGGCUCUGAACGUCGACAUCUUCUUCCAGGUGUGGAAGAAGGUGGUGAACGAUGGGGAUUACGCAGAUUAUGACUGGACUGUGAAAGCAGAUCCUGAUGCAGUGUUCUUCCCCGCGCGCCUCAAAUCGGUUCUCUUGGCGCACCCGAUCGUGCAGGGUGGUGUCUACUUGGUCAAUUGCCCCCGUGGAUUGCACGGUCCCGUUGAGGUAUUUUCAAGGGAAGCGGUUGAGAGAUUGUUCUACGGUUGGGAGCAGUGCACACAGCAUUUUACUCAACAGUGUUCGGGCGACUGCAUGUGGGGAGAAGACAUGUUCGCCGACCAAUGCUUGAGCAAGGUCCUCGGCGUGAGGUGCGAGCACGACACUAAGAUCCUCAUCGAGGAUGCCUGUGACCCGCCGCCAGGAUGGCUUGACUGCCCACCCAGCAUGGGGGAUGUCGUGUCCUUGCAUCCGUUCAAGACGCCUGAGCGGUACGAGGCCUGCAUGACCUCCUCGCAGAGGUGAUGUUGCUAUCCGGCGGCCUGCUCUAACGCACAUUCGGAGAUGCCGUGCCCAUUUAUACGUUUAAGAAAACGAAGUGGCACGAGCAGUGCAUGACAUCUGCGGACAGCAGAGGCCUUCGCUAUGAACCGGUUUCAACUUGGUCAUUGCCCAUGACGCCGUGGGCGUUGAUGAUAACUUUACGCCAGUAUCGUAACUGGCAAGUUUUCCUUGAACUUGAUCUUAGAUCUUAGACUGUGGUGGGCUCUGCAUCUUGGCUCCAGGGGGGCAGUCUCUGAGCCAAGAGACUUGCCGCACGUCACGAUUCACAGAUCCACAGCCACCGCAUACCCCAGGUUGUGUGUGCGCUUUCUUUAACGAGGGGAUGGAGGGGGGGGAGACACAGGUGAGUCCGCUUCUUGCACCGGGCCCGCAUCCCCGCGAUCCGGACAAAGUUGCAGGGUCGGGGGGGUCUGCGGCCCCCGCUCGGUCCAUCCAGCCGCGGCGAUUUCUCUUCAGCCUGCCUUGCCGCGCUGUCGCGUCGUUACCGCUAGACCGCUCUACUUGACUGCUGUGA